AUAAAGAAAGAAGUGGGUGAUGUGACCAUCGUGGUGAAUAAUGCUGGGGCAGUAUAUCCAGCCGAUCUUCUUAGUACCAAGGAUGAGGAGAUUACCAAAACGUUUGAGGUCAACAUCCUAGGACAUUUUUGGAUCGUAAAAGCCCUUCUUCCAUCAAUGAUGAAGAGAAAUCAUGGUCACAUUGUCACAGUGGCUUCAGUGUGCGGCCACAAAGUGGUUCCUUAUCUCAUCCCACAUUGGGUGGGCAAGUCAGAGGUGAAUCUCAAACUGUGGCCUGUAUUAGAGACAGAUGAAGUUGCAAGAGCCCUGAUAGAUGCAAUACUUACCAAUAAGAAAAUGAUUUUUGUUCCAUCAUAUAUCAGUCUCUGUCUAACACUAGAGAG